GGGCCGGAGUCAAGAAUGGAACUUUCUCCACUUGCCACACCUUCACAGACUGAGUGACCAUGCCGUGGCACCAAGCAGUCACCGGCUCUUUCUAGCUGGCACUGGAGAAUCAUGAUGGUACCGCUCUUGGGAAAUUUGGGAAUAAAACAGUGAACAAUGCCCCCCGAACUGGAGCUCAUUCACCUCUCUGUGGCCAUUUGAGGAACCCCAAUCCAAAGGGGUGCUGCAUUUCUUGAAAAUCUAGAGUGAGAGUGCCUUCCAAUGGCAAUCCAUUCUGACGGCAAAGCUCGCUGAGGCCAGAUCACCCUUUGCAGAAGGGGCCCUGGGUGUGUGUGUGUGUCAGUGUGUGUCUGCAAACACAAGGCACUAGGACCUAGGAGGAGUCCCGGCAAAUCUGGCAGGAAUUUCUUGCUUGGAGCUCAGACAACAAAGGCAGAGUGUGGCUGGCUUUCUCUCUCUCAGCAUCUCCACCCUGCAAGAGCUGAAAACCGCUUCACAACUUCAGGGCUCACCGAGCUAUGGAACUUGAUUUUGGACACUUUGACGAAAGAGACAAGGCGUCCAGAAACAUGCGAGGCUCCCGGAUGAACGGCCUGCCGAGCCCCACUCACAGUGCCCACUGCAGCUUCUACCGCACCCGGACCUUACAAGCCCUGAGCAACGAGAAGAAAGCCAAGAAGGUGCGCUUCUAUCGCAAUGGGGACCGCUACUUCAAGGGCAUUGUGUACGCCGUCUCUGGAGACCGUUUCCGGAGCUUCGACGCCUUGCUGGCCGACCUGACCCGGUCCCUGUCCGAUAACAUUAACCUGCCUCAGGGAGUGCGCUACAUUUACACCAUCGAUGGCAACAGGAAGAUUGGGAGCAUGGAUGAGCUGGAGGAAGGUGAAAGCUACGUCUGUUCCUCGGACAACUUUUUCAAGAAAGUGGAGUAUACCAAGAAUGUCAACCCUAACUGGUCCGUCAAUGUGAAAACCUCCGCCAGCGUCAAGGCGCCCCAGUCUCUGGCCAGCAGCAACAGUGCCCAGGCCAGGGAGAACAAAGAUUUUGUGCGGCCCAAGCUGGUGACCAUCAUCCGCAGUGGGGUGAAGCCGAGGAAGGCUGUCCGGGUGCUCCUGAAUAAGAAGACUGCCCACUCCUUCGAGCAAGUCCUCACCGACAUCACAGAAGCCAUAAAGCUGGAGACAGGAGUGGUUAAGAAGCUCUACACCCUGGAUGGGAAGCAGGUGACCUGUCUCCACGAUUUCUUUGGGGAUGACGACGUCUUCAUUGCCUGUGGUCCAGAGAAAUUCCGAUAUGCACAGGAUGACUUUUCUCUGGAUGAAAACGAAUGCCGUGUCAUGAAAGCAAACCCUCCAACUACUCCAGGCAGCAAGUCAUCUCCGACUCCGCAGAAGAGUUCUUCAAAGAGCCCGGCUCCUGUCCGCCGGAGCAAGUCUCCUGCUGAUUCAGGUAACCAUCUGGAUGCAAAUGGCACCUCCAGCAGCCAGCUGUCGACACCCAAAUCGAAGCAGUCCCCCAUCUCCACACCUACCAGCCCAGGGAGCCUCCGUAAGCACAAGGUAGACUUGUACCUGCCUCUAUCCUUGGAUGACUCGGAUUCCCUGGGAGACUCCAUGUAAAGGGACCCUGCUCCCCGUGUCCCUCGUACACACUCUCUUUUAGAUACCACGAGCAGCACUUCUGCCAAACGAAGCAGAGAGGUCAUUGGUGCUUGCCAAUCAAUCCAAGGACACAAAAGUUAUGUCUUUUCCCCCCUUCAUUUUCUCCUACGGUUUUAUUCCUCCUCUGUGCCACAAAGUCAACACUUGCCCACCCAUGGAGAUAAAGGGAUGCCAACUGUCCGAGUAACUUCAUAGGAAAGGAAAUGACUGUUACUGGCCAUAGGAAGCCAAUGAGUUCAUGGUCCCAUCUUCCUCCAUGCCUGACUUUAUGUCUGUAGAUUCAGUCACAUUUCCCUCCCUUUUUUUACUAUUGUUCUUUUAGCAAAUGUCGUAAUUCUGUCUGUAGGCCGAGAGGGAAACAGGUCCUACCACCAGCACAUUUUCCAAAAACCAAUGGAUACCAGCAACUCUGCAAAUAAUAAUAAUAAUAAUCUGUUUCCAAAGUGAUGUCUCUGAGUUUAACCCUUCCUUCAACCCCUGACCCUAAUUUAUUCAUGGCCCAUGGGAGAAAAGUCCAUUAUUUGGCUUAGUUUUCCGCACCAGGAGGAUUAGAGAGUAUCAAAAGUGAAAUGUCGUAACAGUAGUCAAAACUGGAUGCUGGCGUACAUUUUAAUGCUCUGCCAAGACUAUGUGGGAUUUUAGCAAGAGUGUAAAUAUAUAUGACUGAUCAUAGAAACCAGCCCGGUUAAUAUGAAGUUACUUGAAUGGAGGAAUGGUAUCCCUCUAUCUCUGUGGAAAUGGUGAAUGCCUUGUAAACAGCCAACACUGAAAACACUGUGAGCAUUUUGCUUUCAGCUCUCUUUUACGAUACCUUGGGGUUCAAUUUUUUUAAAUAACCAGGAAUCACUAGACUUUUAUAGUGAUUUUAUAGAGGAAAGCAAAUACUUUUAGCUACGUUUUGGAAAAAAAAAAGAGUCAAUACUUUAGGCUCCUUUUUAAACAAAAGCUGGUGACUUUCUUUUGCUUUUAAAAAAAUAACAAAGAUACAAAAAAAAUCCAAGAUCAUUCCAAGACGUUGUUAAGAAGUCACUGCCAAAAUGAGACCAGGAUGACACAGCAAACAGGGAAGGGCUUGAAUGGUCGGUGGAGAAGGGAUAUUGCAAUCCAUUCUGUGUGGUUCAUUUUUGAGAGUAUUUUUGAACAUUAUUACACUUUCCUUUUUUCUAUAUUACUGUCAUCCUAACAAUAUAAUGCUGUAGAACUCUGAGGACGUUCACAAUGCAGUAUUUUAUCUUAAAGGAAUGACACAUUUUAAUACAAUGAGAGGCUGAAAGGGUCUUUUCAAGCUUUCGUCACAACUGAUGCAAAAUUCACAGUUUUGUACAUAAUUGGUCAUUUUCCCCCCAGGCCUGGCUAGAGGCACCAACUGGUUCAUCUUACCUUAUUCCUUAUUAUUAUUAUUAUUAUUAUUAUUAUUAUUAUUAUUAUGGAGAAUAAACUUUGGGUACAUUGGCAAAAUGAAAUCAGAGCAAUACUAUACAAGCCAAUCUUUGGGGCUGUGUCGAUGCUCUGCGUUAGAUUUCCUUGCAACCUAUUGUGCGUUUAGAAUGUAUUAAGGCAACUGUGUGUUUUCUGGAAUUUCUUUUUUUUUAGUGUUUUCCUUUUGUGAUUUUUUUUUUUGGUGGGUUUUCCUUUGUGGGCUGCCUUUGUCCAUUUACUCCAAGUGGAAAGGCAUGAAGAAAAGAAUGAGACGAAUCCUGGAGUAACACUGCUUAUUGCUGGUCUACUCAAUGGACUUUUAGAGGAAAACUGAGCACGGCUAUUUCUCCGAAUUGUUAUGUGUCGAUUGGUGAUUCAUCCUUGCAUAUUUUUUUGCCACUGGCAUCUUUGAGAUUCAUUAUGGUGACAAUGUAAAUCAGCCAGGUUUUAUGAUUGGAUGUGCCCAAUGGCUGACGUUAACCGAUAGCCUUCAUCCCAAGAGCUCGUGUUGCUCUACCAAACUGUUAAGAUCUAGAGUUCUUGAGCAACUAUGUUGUCAUUUGGCCUACUAUAUAGGGAAAUGUCACUUUGGACGAGUCAGCAUUCAUGUUACGUUCCUGGUCAGAUCCCUCCUAGAGACGACUGGCCUUGAGGGCAAAGCACAGGGACACAACUCUAGAAGAGUUCCCCGAUGUGUGUUUGAAAUCUGGCAGAUGUGUUGUAUGAAUUGGAGCAGGUCUCUUUCAUUUCUUGGUGCCUCAAUUUACCUUAUCUGUCAAAUAGGGACAGUAAUAUUUCUCUACCUCACGGGGAGGGAUGGGAGGCAGGCUUCGUGUGUCCUGUUGAGAAUGCCGUCCAUACUUUGGGGGUCCUCUGGUGAGGAGGUGUGCUCCCAUCUCCUCAGGGCUGUGUUGACAAAGACAUAGGCACCCAUCAAGUCCACCAAUGGCUUCCUGGGAUUAUAUCUUAGAAGGCAUUCCCACCAGAUGGUUCUGACAUUGAACCUCUCCAUGUGCUCAGUGAGUUUUUAAGGCCAGCAGGUUCAGAAGUAGGGAAGCCCUGUAGGCUCACUGAUCCUGCCCCCCCCCCAACAGCAGGCAAUGGGGCCACUGUACCCAGACGAGGCUCUGAAGGGACAUCCAUGUAGCAUCGGUUGUGACCUGCGAAGGCCACACUCCAGUCAACUUGGAAAUAUGCCUUGCUCCAAUUUCCCUCCAAUGAUGGUCGAUCUUCUCUCUGUCUUGAAGGACCCUCAUAAUCUGUCCUUCGAACCUGACCAGAGACCAUGCACUUAGCUAUUUUCCCCUGGUUGAUCAGGCAGGACUUUGCAAUAGCACCAGCGUUAUAAUAAUAUGGAGGAGUUACAGGAAUGGUACUCUACCCCGUGUCUGUAGGUCACAUCCAAUUUAAGCUCUAGUUGUUUAAGAAGCAACGGGUCCAUAUUGAACUGAGCAAGGCUCAAGAACAUCGUGACGCCCUCCCCUGCCCUCCUCUGCCCCAAACAGACAUUGCACACACUUGGGUCCAGUCCAUUGGAUGGCUCUUCUGGUGCAAGUCCUCAGGAUGGAGUCUGUUCAGAUGGCAACUGUACUGUAGAGUCUUUUGAAUGUUGUACUUUGCUCUCCAUGCUCCAUUGAGUUCACAGGAGACAAAAACUCGGUUGUUUGCUGUUCACCCUGAUAGCUAAAUGGAACAUGUCUCUGAAUGCCAAAGGCUGGGAACAAUUUAUGGGGGAGAACCCUGCCUUCGUCCCCUAAUUGUAAGAUUUUCCAGAAGCUGGCCUCUGUUGGAAUAUGGAACGUUGGAUGAAAUGGACUUUUGGUCCAUUCCAACAGCAUUUUUUUAAUUCUUCUAUAGUUAAGUAGAUUAUUGUUUACAUGGAGUAGGUUCCCCCUUUUCCCAUGGACACUACAUUUCUUUACAGCUUAGAAGCAUGUCCCUUCAAUUGCACUUAGUGGUGGCAUCUCUGAACCAAGAAGCCUGGACCCUCGCCCAAUGUGUGCCGAUGUGCUCAUUGCUCUUCUGGAAAAGAGAAAAUGGAGGGUCGAGGCUUUUGCAAGGGUUCCUGUUGUCACACGUUGCAUUGCCAAGCAGAAAGGCCUAGUCUAUGGAAGACUGGAGAGGCCUGGUGAAACGCAAGUGAAGGUUCUUUUUUCCACAAGGAAAAGAAAAGCCAUUCAAAAGCCACAAACGCAAAACAGGGUAAAGGACCAGACUCCCAGGUUUUCGAAGCUAUUCUUCAGGUAAAAAAGUUUCUUGAACUGUAGGUAGAAAAAUCAGUAAUCAUGUCGGAUGUAAAACUGCUUGUAUAGUUGAUGUUGCAUGAAUCUUUGUACAAAGAAAUAAAAUGCAUGCCGAAUA